UGAGCACAUUAGCUUACAUUGUCUAUUGCAUCCGAGACAGCGAGAGGGAAAAGGUACAAAUAGGCAACCGGCCGCAAUUCAGAACGGAGGAGAUAUUUUGUUUACUUUGUACUGUUAUUGAGACUCGAGUCUCGACGUCGACCUCGCUCCGUAUAGCUACGACUGCGACGACAUACCAACGACGAGACACCAGAAACAAGAACCAAGCAACAAGAACCAAGGCUCCAAGACUUCAAAUCACCUAAAAUGUCACACUCAAUGGGCCAUGGCGACCACGACGCCUCCGCUGCGCGCUGCAACAUGAACAUGCUCUUCACCUGGUCCACUCAAGAUCUCUGCAUUAUCUUUCGCUCCUGGCACAUCACCGGCCCCAUAACACUCACCAUCUCCCUCCUCGCCAUCGUCGCUCUCGUAGCAGGCUUCGAGGCGCUCCGCGCCACGACGGCGCGGUAUGAUGCUGCGCUGUUGAAGCGGAGGGAUGAACUACCUCACGAGGAACUUGCUGAGACGACGACGCUGCUCCCAGGACAGCAACAAAGUUUGAGGGAUGUACGCGCAAAAGUAGUGAGGAGCGCUCUGUACGGAUUGGAGACGUUUUAUGCGUUUAUGAUUAUGCUGUUGUUCAUGACAUACAAUGGACAGGUGAUGAUUGCAGUGGGCAUUGGAGCCUUUGUGGGCCACCUGGCGUUUGGAGGUGCGACGACGGCGACGAGGGAGACUGCCUGUCAUUAGGGGAAGGGAGGAGCAGACUACCAAUAGAACGGGGAGAGAAGGAGCAACAUCAUGCUGCAGCAUUCCAUUCGAUCAAGUGAAGCGCUACUGUUUACCAUAUAGCUAGCUAUAUAUC